UCAAAUCCCGAAAAAAUGAUAAAAUUUUACAAUUUUUGUUUCUUUUCCUAUUUAUAUUUAUUGAAUUUUGUUAGUGGAAUAGAUGAAAAGAAUAUUCUUUCGAAUCAUAAUGUAUCAUUGACUAGGAAUUCAAAAUCUGUUGAUCAUUCAUCAUCGACAACAUCGAAAGGAUCAGAAUAUUUUUAUAAAAAUUUUCGUAUUAAUAAAAAUUCUAUUAUUAAAACACAUGAUUCUCGAUCAUUAGGUGCAAAAUAUCUAAAUGAAACUGAAUUAUCAUCAAAUGAUGAAUGUUUAUCAUGGUGUUGGAAUACAACAAAUUGUAAUUUAGCUGUAUUUGAAGAAAAAACACGUGGAAGCUGUUAUCUAUUUGAUUGUGGAUCAUUACAAGAUUUUAAAUGUCGUUUUGCAUCACAUGCAUUCUAUACAAGUUCAAUAUUACAAACAAAUCGAAAUUCAUUUCUAUUGAAUGAAUGGAAAUCACAAACAAGUCAGGAAAAUGAAUUGGUUGGUUUGAAAGAAAAACCACAACAUAUUAUUAAUGAUGGUGGUAUUGUUACAUCUCAAACAAUUGAUUCAAUAAAAUUGGAUACAACAACAGCAUCGAUUGCAAAAGUAUCAAAAUGUCGACAUUAUCAAUUUGAAUGUAGAAACAAUAGUGAAUGUAUUGCAAUAUAUAAUGUUUGUGAUGGUAUUGCACAAUGUUCAGAUGGUAGUGAUGAAUCAAUUGAAUUAGAAUGUCAUAAAUCACGUUUGAAUAAUAAUCAACAACAUAUUAUAGAUAAUAAUAUUGUUCAUACAAUGUCCAAUGAUCCGGUUUCAUUACAGAAUACAAUCGACAAUAAUAAUAAUAAUAAUGGUAGCCAUAUACAAACAAAUCCAAUACAAAAUCGAGGAAUUUUACCAUCAAAUUAUAUUCUAUCAUCACCAUCUUCUUCAUUUCAUAAUCCAAAUAUUCAAAAUUCAAAAUCCGUACCAUAUUCAAAUAUUAACUUUAAUUAUCCUAAAUCAAUAAAUGAUAAACAACAACAAGUUUUAGAUGAAAAUAGUUUACCAUCACCCAGAAAUCAUAUUCAAGGAGAUUAUAAUGAAUAUAAUAAUAAUAAUAAUAAUAUUUGGGGAUCAAAUUGGAAUCAAUAUUCAUUACCGGAAAAACAAUUGGAUAAAUCAUUAUCAUCAUCGAUCAAUGAUGAUCAACAACAACAACAACAACAACUUCAACAGCUUCAAUCGAACGUAAAAGUUGAACCAAUUUAUUGGCCUUCAUUUAAAUAUCAACAAAAUAUUCCACAGGAAAAUUUUCUACAAUCACAUUCAUUAUCAUCAACAUCGAAUGAUAUUGUUGCACCAUAUUUUUUACCAAAUUCUUUAUCAUUAAUGGAUGAUAAUAGUCGUACGAAAUUAGAUUAUACACAACAAUUACAACAACCAAAAUCAUCAUCAAUUGUAUUACAACAACAACAACAACAACAACCAUUUUCACCAUAUCGAAUUGCUAAUACACAAAAACAACUUCUUCAACAACAACAACAACAUUCAUUAAGUAAUGAAUUCAAAAAUAAUUUACCAUUAUCAAUUGGAAAUAAAUCUUCACAACAACAACAACAAAAUGGACGAGAAACAAAUAGUGCUGUUAUUGCAUUAACAUUAGGUUUAUUAAUCACCUGUAUAUUAAUAGUUAUUGUUGGUUGUCGUAUGAAAACAUUUAAAAAACGUAUUGCACGUCGUGGUCGAUCAUUAGCACAUGAUUCGGAUUAUUUAAUUAAUGGAAUGUAUUUGUAA